AUGGCGUCCGGCACUUUUACUCAGCGUCUGCUUGUGGCUCUAAUGAUCUGCACCCUGAUCGCGGACCUCACCACUUUGACUGCAGCCCGGCCCCAGGAUAGUGAUGCAGCAUCGGUAGCAGCCGCCAUUCGAUACCUGCAGGAACUGGAGACUAAGCAUGCUCAGCACGCUAGACCCAGGUUAAUACGAAGUGAACUUCCACCCAAUAUAAAUGGUGUUCACUCGGGGCUAGACAAAAUUAUUGGAUAUUUCAUCCUAGAAGCUAUCGAUAGAGCACACUCGACUGACGCUAGACCCAGAUUCGGCAAACGUGGUGGAUACCUUAACCCGGCAGUAUUUGGACAGGACGAACAAGAGAAUCUUUACAGGUUGAUUGGCAGGAUCCAACAUUUUCGAGAUGAACAACGUCCGACUAAGUUCUAG